AUGAAAACCUCCCUCCUCCAAACCUGGACCCUCCUCGCCCUAGUCACAUCAGUGCACGGCCUCUGCGACGGCACGCCCGACGACACGUGGCGGCACCUGAACUCAUGCAGCUAUCCCAACGACCCGGACUGCAACACGCGUUGCCAGGCCGCAGGGUUUGGCUGUGCUCGUCUUGUUUGGGAUGUGGGUGUGGGAUGGAUGGUAGAUGCUGAGCUGAGACGGUCACUACGGCUUUGA